UGCUCUGGAAUGACAUUGGGGUGGCCAUAUGGCAACUUUGCUGGGCGACCGAAACUGCAUGGAAAGUUUGAGGAAAGACAUCACAGAUCUGCAAGGGACGGUCAUUAACGUUUUCUCCCGAUCUGGGGCGGUACGCUACCCUUCCUGGAAGUUUCCUGACAAGGUGUCCUGUGACCUGGACCUGGUGGCUUUGCUGGACCAUUAUGACUAUGCUGAGAAUGAUUCAGAAUUUACUCAGCACUCCCAUGUGGUUCUCCUGGAACUGGUGAUUGACAGGCUUCUGUUGCUGCUUCAGAGCUUCACAGCAUACACUGAGAAUGUGAUCAGUGAACAAGCUGUACCCCCAUCCAGAGUGACAGGACCCUGCAUGUCUAUCGGGCUGGCGGUGAGGAAGUACUGGAACAGCAUGCUGAAACUGGGAACCCUCUACCAACAGCUUGUGGCUGAGAAAAAGCAUAAUGAGGAAGAUAUCUGCAGCUUGAAGUCUUCCCUACAGAUGGCAAGGGCAGAGAGUGAGUAUUUUAAAAGCUGUUCAUCAGCCCUUUCGGAAUCAGAUGUGACCUUGCCAAGCUCCCAGUCCUCUCCAUUGACCAUGUCAACCAGCAGUGGGCUCCUGAACAGUGCCACCAGAGUCUCCUCUCAGGCAAAGAUAAGCCAGGAUGUUGCUGGGCACGUCCGGAGCAUCCAUUCACAAACCAUCGAGUCUUCCCUGGUACCAUGCGAUGCGUGCGAGAGGGCUCAGGCCAGCCUCAGGGAAGUGGGCAAUGCCAUCAUCCACAUCUGUAGCAGCCAGAACCUCCCAUCAUCUCUGAGCCGGUUCCUUGAGAUGAUUGAGGAAACCCUUGGUCAGAAACCCCUCACAACCACGGACAUAGGCUACUGGGCAUCCGAGCAAAGCAAGGACCUCUCCCGCAUCAACAAGCAUUUCCGGACAUUGACAGAACUCGUUAAUCCUUUGAAGGAAGAGCUGGAAGCAGCUGAGAAACAGAAGGAUGAGUUGAAGAAGCAGCUGGAGACUUUCCAGAGCUAUCUCGAGAAAGAGAAAGACGCCCAGGAGCAGCAGAGGAAGAAGGCUGAGCUGUUGUUUGAAAAAAAGAAUACCGAAAGUCUGCGGCUCGUGGCCACGCUUGAGAAGGACAAGGAGGAGCUCCAGAAAAGACAGGUUCUCUUGGAGGAACACAUCUCCACCUUGAAAGAGGAUCUUCAACAGCAGCAAGCUACUUUCCAAGAGCUGGAGCGGACCAAAAGCAGUCUGCUACAGGAAAUGCAGGUGAAGAUGGGCGAGAUGGUGGACAAGAGCCAAGUGAGCAGCCUGGAGGCCCAGCUGGCAGUCCUUGCUAGUCAACUGGACAGCACAAAGCAGCAGCUGAACUGGACCACCUCUGAGCUGGACAAAGAGAAGGCCACAGUGGAGAGCAUGCUCCGUCACAAAGAGUCCCUCCAGGUCAAGCAAAGGGCUCUAAUGCAACAGCUGGAUAAUCUGGACCAGGAAUGUGAGCAGCUGAAAGCCAGCCUGACAGACAAGGAAGACGACACGUGCAUGCUGCAGGAGCAGUUGAAGGAAGUCCAGGAGGAGAAGCGGCAGUACCAGGGCCAAGUGAAAACCCAGCAGGAAUUCUUGGAGAGAGCACAGCAGGAAAAGCAGAGCCUGGAGCAGUCCACAUCUGAGCUCCAGAGGGCCGUCUUGGAGUUCAGAGAAAUGAUCCAGCAGAUGAAGGAGAGGGAAAGACUCCUGGUGUCCUUCCCAGACCUUCAUGUCCCUGUGGAAGCACAGUUUGAAAGUAAGGACUGGGGUCUCAAGAAGCCAAGCAAAGGGACAUCUCUAUAUAGAGGCAAAUGCCCUUCAGAAUGACGGGAGCAAGUGAGGCUGUACUUGGGCCUACAGGACCAGGUUUCAAAUCUCUUGGAGGCAACUCCCCUCCAUAGAUUUUUUUUGGAUGGAUGGAAAAAAAUAAAUUUGGCACUUAUGUGGCACUUCAGGUGUAGGUGGGUAGCCAUGUUGGUCUGCAGUAGAACAGCAGGAUUAGAGUCCAGUGGCACUGUAGAGACGAACAAGAUUUCCAGGAAAAAGGGAGCUCUGACUCUUGAACGCUUACACCCUGAAAAUCUCUAAGGUGCCACUGG